CGGCGGCGCCAUCUUGCCGCGGCGCGGAUUGAAUGAGCCCGCCGGGCGGCCGCCGUCCCGAGCCGCGCAGGCCGCGAGCCGCCGCCAUGGCCACGCCGCUGCCCGGCCGCGCGGGGCCGGCCACGCCGCUGUCGCCCACGCGCCUGUCGCGGCUGCAGGAGAAGGAGGAGCUGCGCGAGCUCAACGACCGCCUGGCGCACUACAUCGACCGCGUCCGCGCGCUCGAGCUGGAGAACGACCGGCUGCUCGUCAAGAUCUCGGAGCGCGAGGAGGUGACCACGCGCGAGGUGAGUGGCAUCAAGAGCCUGUAUGAGUCGGAGCUGGCGGACGCCCGCCGGGUGCUGGACGAGACGGCCCGGGAGCGUGCCCGGCUGCAGAUUGACGUGGGCAAACUGAGUGCCGAGUUGGAGGAAAUCAGCAAGAGCUCCAAGAAGCGGGAGGGCGAGCUGACGGCGGCGCAGGCGCGCGCCAAGGACCUGGAGGCGCUGUUGCACCGCAGCGAGGCCGAGCUGGCGGCCGCCCUCGGCGACAAGCGCGCGCUGGAGAGCGACGUGGCCGAGCUGCGCGCUCAGCUGGCCAAGGCGGAGGACGGCCACGCCGUGGCCAAGCAGCAGCUGGAGAAGGAGACGCUGAUGCGCGUGGACCUGGAGAACCGCUGCCAGAGCCUGCAGGAGGAGCUCGACUUCCGCCGCAGCGUCUUCGAGGAGGAGGUGCGGGAGACGCGGCGGCGGCACGAGCGGCGCCUGGUGGAGGUGGACAGCAGCCGGCAGCAGGAGUACGACUUCAAGGUGGCGCAGGCCCUGGAGGAGCUGCGGGGCCAGCACGACGAGCAAGUGAGGCUGUACCGGCAGGAGCUGGAGCAGACGUACCAGGCCAAGCUGGAGCAGGCCAAGCUGAGCUCGGACCAGAACGACAAGGCGGCCAGCGCGGCGCGCGAGGAGCUGAAGGAGGCGCGCAUGCGGCUCGAGUCGCUCAGCUACCAGCUCUCGGGCCUCCAGAAGCAGGCCAGCGCCUCCGAGGACCGCAUCCGCGAGCUGGAGGCGGCCAUGGCCGGCGAGCGGGACAAGUUCCGCAAGAUGCUGGACGCCAAGGAGCGGGAGAUGACGGAGCUGCGGGACGUGAUGCAGAAGCAGCUGGCCGAGUACCAGGAGCUGCUGGACGUGAAGCUGGCCCUGGACAUGGAGAUCAACGCCUACCGCAAGCUGCUGGAGGGCGAGGAGGAGAGGCUGAAGCUGUCCCCCAGCCCGUCGUCGCGGGUGACCAUCUCGCGGGCCACGUCGAGCAGCGGCGGCAGCAGCGUGGCGGUGUCCAGCGGGCGCGGGGGCCGGGGCAAGCGGAAACGGCUGGAGGUGGAGGUGGCGUCGGGCUCGAGCAGCGGCCUGGGCUCGGCCAGCAGCAGCCCCGGCGCCGGCGGCGGCUUCCAGGUGGCCCAGCAGGCCUCGGCGUCGGGCAGCGUCAGCAUCGACGAGCUGGACCUGGACGGCCGCUUCGUGCGGCUGAAGAACAACUCGGACCAGGACCAGUCGCUGGGCAACUGGCGCAUCCGGCGGCAGGGGGCGGACGGCGAGGAGAUCGCCUACAAGUUCACGCCCAAGUACGUGCUGCGCGCCGGCCAGACCGUCACGGUGUGGGCAGCUGGGGCUGGGGUGACCCACAGCCCCCCGUCAACGCUGGUAUGGAAGAGCCAGAGAAGCUGGGGUGCCGGCGAGAGCUUCCGGACUGUGCUGGUCAACUCUGAUGGGGAGGAAGUGGCCCAGCGCACGGUGAAGCAGAGCUUGGUGGUGGCGCCGGAGGCCGAGAACGGGGAGGAGGAAGAGGAGGGAGCCGAGUUCGGGGAGGAGGACCUCUUCCACCAGCAGGGAGACCCCAGGACCACCUCUCGAGGCUGCCGCGUGAUGUGAACAGGCCGCCCGCCACGCACCGUCCCCCAGAGCCACUGACACUAUUUUUCUACUCUUGGCUUCUCCUUAGCCCUUGAUACAUUUCUAGAGAAUUUUUAAGCGAACUGCCAGGAUUUGGGGGGCGGGGGGUUGUCUCUGCAUCAUUCGUACUGGGUGGGCCCCUGCGACCCCACGCCCGUCACCACGGUCAAGGCGCGUGCUCUGGUGCCCCCGUGUUUUGAGGCCUG